GGGGCCGCGGUGACGCGCCGCCAUGGGCUCCUUCUUCCGCGGCGAGGCGAUGUGUCUGGCGCAGCUCUUCCUGCAGGCGGGCUCGGCCUACGAGUGCCUCAGCGCCCUGGGCGAGCGCGGGCUGGCCCACUUCCGAGACCUCAAUCCAAGUACAAGUUUGUUCCAGCGGAAAUAUGUGGGUGAAGUAAAGAAAUGUGAAGAAAUGGAAAGAAUAUUGGGGUACCUAGUACAAGAAAUAAAAAAGGCAGACAUCCCUCUUCCGGAAGGAAACGUCACCCCUUCUGCCCCUCCACUUAAGCAGAUGUUGGAAAUCCAGGAGCAGCUGCAGAAGCUGGAGAUGGAGUUGAGAGAAGUGACCAGAAACAAGGAGAAGCUGAGAAAAAACCUUUUGGAGCUGAUAGAAUAUACCCACAUGCUGCAAGUCACACAGUCCUUUGUCCAAAGAGCUACUGAGCUUGAGUCCUGCAUACAGACUAAUUAUGAAGAAUUCCCAUCUUUUGAAAAUGAUCCUUUGGUGGAGUACAAUUGCAUGCACAGGCUCGGGGCCAAACUUGGGUUUGUAUCUGGCUUAGUUCACCGAGCAAAAAUCGAAGCCUUUGAAAGAAUGCUGUGGCGAGUGUGCAAAGGAAAUACAAUUGUUUCUUACUCGGAACUGGAAGAGUGCUUGGAAGAUCCUGAUUCAGGAGAACUUACCAAGUGGUUUGUGUUCUUAAUAUCCUAUUGGGGUGAACAAAUAGGCCAGAAAGUUAAGAAGAUAUGUGACUGCUACCAUUGCCACGUCUACCCCUAUCCCAGCACUCCAGAGGAACGGCGAGCUGUGAUGGACGGGCUCCACAUUCGCAUCAAGGAUCUUCACAUCGUGUUGCACAAAACCGAAGAUUAUUUGCGGCAAGUCCUGUGCAAAGCUUCUGAAUCCAUCUGCACCUGGGACGUCCAAGUGAAGAAGAUGAAAGCAAUUUACCACGUGCUGAAUCUCUGCAGCUUUGACGUCACCAACAAGUGCCUCAUUGCCGAGGUCUGGUGCCCCCUGCUGGACCUGCCCAACAUGCGCCGCGCACUUGAGGAAGGAUCCAGGGAGAGCGGGGCCUCAGUCCCCUCGUUCAUGAACACCAUACCGACAAAAGAAACGCCUCCAACGUUGAUCCGCACCAACAAAUUCACCUCUGGAUUCCAGAACAUAGUUGACGCGUACGGGAUUGGCAGAUACAGGGAAGUCAAUCCAGCCCUGUUCACCAUCAUCACCUUCCCCUUCUUGUUUGCGGUGAUGUUUGGAGACUGUGGACACGGCUUCCUGAUGUUCCUGUUCGCUUUCUUCAUGGUUUUGUUUGAAAAACACCCCAAACUGCUGAGAUCACAGGAUGAGAUCAUGAAGAUGUUUUUUGAAGGGCGAUACAUCAUCCUGCUGAUGGGACUGUUCUCCAUCUACGCCGGCCUGAUCUACAAUGACUGUUUUUCCAAAUCUUUGGUAAUAUUCAGCUCUGGAUGGCAUGUUUCACAAAUGCCCAGUGUGGAUUGGAGCAAGGCGGCCUUGACGAAUCCGUAUGUGACUCUGGAUCCAAACGUGACUGGCGUUUUCAGCGGUCCUUACCCUUUCGGCAUAGAUCCGAUUUGGAACCUGGCGAGCAAUCGCCUCACUUUCCUCAAUUCCUACAAAAUGAAAAUGUCUGUAAUUAUCGGAGUCGUCCACAUGGUGUUUGGAAUUGUCUUAGGGGGGUUUAACCACGUGCAUUUCAGGAAGACGUACAAUAUUUAUUUAGUGUUCAUUCCUCAACUUCUGUUCAUUCUAUCCAUCUUUGGAUAUCUGGUGUUUAUGAUCAUCUUUAAAUGGCUGGCUUUCAGUGCUGAAAACUCCAGUUCCGCUCCCAGUAUCCUGCUUCAGUUUAUUAACAUGUUUUUGUUCCACGGUAAAGGGAGGGACGUUCUUUUCUCAGGACAGAUGAUCAUUCAAAAAUUUCUGUUAGCUGUGGCUGUGCUUUCCGUUCCUGUGAUGCUGUUGGGAAAGCCACUUUAUUUGUACUGGGUGAACAAUGGCAGCCAGAGCUUCACUUCCUACAGAAAAGGCUAUCGCUUGGUCCGGAAAGAGAGCGAAGAAGAGAUUGCUCUCUUGAGAACUUGUGAGGUUGAAGAGGGAGCCAGCCCUUUGGAUAACAGGCAUAAAGAUGAAGAGAAGGAAGAGUUUCACUUUGCAGAUGUGUUCAUGGAUCAGGCCAUCCACACCAUUGAGUAUUGUCUGGGAUGCAUCUCCAACACAGCGUCAUACCUGAGGCUCUGGGCACUGAGCCUGGCCCACGCUCAGUUAUCAGAAGUGCUCUGGGCGAUGAUCAUGAAAUUGGGCCUUCACGUGGAUGCGGCCUAUGGAAUCUUGCUGUUGGUCCCACUUUCAGCCUUAUUUAUGGUUCUGACAGUAUUCAUUCUCCUGGUCAUGGAGGGUCUCUCAGCUUUUCUACAUGCUGUGCGGCUUCAUUGGGUAGAAUUUCAGAACAAGUUUUAUACAGGCGAUGGAUACAAGUUCACCCCCUUCUCCUUUCAAGACAUUUCUUUGCAUUUUAAUGGAUACAUUGCAUAGUCUGGCUGCUGUCGGCAGUAAACCGGUCUGGAGUUGUUUGAAAAUAAUCAUGUAUGUUGAUGUCAUUCUUGUUCAGCUCCCUGUAGCAAAGAACCUCACUGAUCUGCCUUAAAAUGCAGCCAAAUAAUUUUAUAAUGUCUCUAUUGCCUCUUACUUGGACUUUGCAAAUGGGGGACCCCUUGUAAGCAGGCGCAGAAUGGGCGUUUUCCUCCUUUCCAUAAGCACAUUUAGGUUGAUUUUAAAACUGACCCAAAAUAUUUGAUUGCUGCUUCUGAAAAUGCUGUAGCUGUUUUUAAUAACUAUUUAUUUUCUUUAA